AAUGAGAUUCGAGUACAUCACUACGAUGCCGAGGCGAACGCACGUACCGCGCGAUCCGAAUUCGAAUUUUAAAAUUUAAAUUUGUAAACUCGUGUGUGUUUGUGGACAGUGUUAGACAAACUUUUUUUAAAUAUUUGUGCAAUGGAGUCAGAGUUAGGUACGCAGACUAAAAAAAAAGCGCCAAAACCGUUUUCGAUAGAAUCUAUUAUCGGUGAUAGAAAAUCUCCUGAAAUAGACAUAGAAAAUAACAUUUCGGAGAGUUCCAGACUUUCGGAGGAAGAUGACAGUGAACGAUCAGAGAGAUUUAACAGGAUGCGAUGUUAUUUUAACGCGCCGUUUUUGCAACAAAAUGUUAAUUUUCCAUUUUUGUUGGGCUAUCCUGAACCGUGGUUGUCAAGGGUGUUCGGCGCUGUUCCACCACAGAUAACGCAGGAGAAUAGAGAUGAAGAGAAGAGGGACAGUCCUGUCAGUGUUGGGAGUGAGUUGGAAAGUGAUGGGGCCGAAGAUAAUGCACAGGGUAACGACUCAGAGGCUGGAGAAGAAGAUGGAACAGACACCCCCAGGGAAAAUAAGUCUAGAAGAAGACGCACAGCCUUCACGUCGGAGCAGUUACUCGAGCUGGAGCGAGAGUUCCACGCAAAGAAGUACCUCAGUCUCACAGAACGAUCGCAGAUAGCUUCCGCGCUUAAAUUGAGCGAAGUGCAGGUGAAAAUAUGGUUCCAAAAUCGCCGAGCGAAAUGGAAACGAGUGAAAGCGGGCCUUGCAUCAGGUAGUCACUCUGGCGGCAAAAGUACUGGCACCAAAAUAGUGGUACCCAUUCCCGUCCACGUAAACAGAUUUGCCGUCAGAACACAACACCAUCAAAUGGAGAAGCAAAUGCAAUACCGACUCGACAGAACCCAGCCUUUACCCGGCAGUUUACUGCAAUCACAGACUUCAGCGUUCCUCUCUGCAACAAAAACCGACAAUCGCCAAGAACCGGUAAACCGGAGCACUCUAAGUCGCAACACUAUUUAUGACGCGUCCAGGUUAAUGACACCGGCCGUUAAUUUGAGACAUUACGCGAACCAGAAUAUCCAAAAUGGCCGACACAGUUAAUUUUAAGUUAGCUAUAGUUCUAGUGUAAGUAACAUUUAGUGCUAAUUUAAUUGUAUACAAAUCCAACACAUCCAAGGGCUUACAAAAUAGGACGCUUUCCAUGUUCAUUCUAGCACUCAACAUUUUAUUGGGUUCGACUAUAAUUACCGUUGAUACUUGGUUGAUACCGAAACUUUUUAUUCAACAUUUUCGAAAUCAGCUUUUAAUUAAUCAAAAAGACACCACAAAUAUUAAAAGACAUGUAUAAGAAUCGGAAGCAAAAGAAGUAAACAAGAACCUAUCUUAUUUUUUUCUUUCUCUUUCGAUGAGUGGAUUUGUUUUUGAGAUUUGUGUACAAGCAAACUAGUAUCAUUACCUAAAGUAUAUUUGUAUUAUAAAAAUUAUCAUUAAAAAAUGUGUGAUAAAAACAUA